AUGCUUAGCAUACAAGUCUGUGAGACUCACCCGGUGUCUCUGAGUCCACCGAUCCAGCGGGUGGCAUGCAGCGAUGGACGGCUGAUCUUGCCCGAGAUUCCGAUCAACUGGUCCCUCUUCGUCGGUCGGCAUAACACGUCACGUCAGUCGGCGCUAGGCGAACACGCCUACAGAGGUGUACAGCAUAGUGUGCCUCUCUGA